GGAGCCAAAUCUUCAGGUGAUUGAUCAAAAGGAAGGAGUAAAUCUGUGAGGAGAACUCAGCAUCUGAGGAAACAAAAGGUCUAGCCUGGACUGUGGACAAGAUUGUUGGGGAAGAUCUCAUGCUGGCGCCAUUGAACUAGACAUUCUUGAAUAAAAUUUGGGAAGAAAAUGAAUGUAUCUGGAAUUGCACAAAGAGUAGAAACUUGGCUUUCAGCUACAUGGCAUGUUAAAGUACCUGGGGCUUGGCUGGAUGCUUGUAUUAACUGGAUCCAAGGAGAAAAUGGUGUUAAUUUGACUCAGGCUCAGAUGAACAAACAAGUCUUUACACAAUGGCUAUUUACUGACCUGCGAGAUUUGGAAUUUCCCAUUUUACCUAAUGACAUUUUAGACUUUCCAAAAGGGGAACUGAAUGGUUUUUAUUCUCUACAGUUGAAUGCAGUAAUCGAUAUCAGUCAACCUGCAUAUUCCCAGAUACAGAAAUUGCGAGGAAAGAACACAACGAAUGAGCAAGUCACAGCUGAGACCCAAGCACCCCCAAAGCCCUGGGAAGUAAAGCCUGAAAGGGUGUUAAUGCUACAUAUUACUGAUGGGGUGGUACAAAUUCAGGGCAUGGAAUAUCAACCCAUUCCUGCUCUUCAUAGCAGUCUUAUUCCAGGAACAAAAAUUCUCCUUCAUGGAAGAAUUGAGUACCGCCUUGGUAUUCUUUUGCUCAAACCAGAAAAUGUGAAAGUGUUAGGGGGGGAAGUGGACAUCCUUCUAAAAGAAUAUUCUCAGGAAAGGGUCUUGGCAAGAUUAAUUGGCGAACCAGAGCCCCCAGAUCCAGAUAGUCCAGAUAAUAAAGAGCCAGACAAUUCUGAGUCCGUGGUUGGAUCAGAGAAAGUUUUAGAACCUUCAGAUGAAGAACUUUUAGCAAGUCUAGAAAACGCCGAUGGGUUUGUGGCAACGAGUAUCGGUGACACCUCCAACCAUAUGAGACCACUUUUGAAUGAUGAAAGGUCCAAGCAAGGAUUUGCAGUCAGCUUGUCAAAGGUGGAGACUCUCAUUCCAUCCUCAAACUUCUCCGAUGGAAAUUCAGAUGACUUUUCAUUAGAGGAAGCCUUGCUGUUAGAGGAGGCUGUCGAGAAAGAACACCUACAGGUUGAGGGAAAACAGCCAGUAGCCGGAAACAGAAGUGUUGACAAACCCGAGUGGAGAGUUUCACCCAAACCCAGUGUUUCACCCAAACCCAGUAUUUCACAUGAUUCUUCGAUUUACACAGCUAAAGCGAGUGGCUGGAAUGAAAGGAUUGUACCCGAUCUCAUGAAAGACCAAUCCUUUGAGUAUCCAUCUGCUAGAGAUAAAAUUUGUAGCAGCGUUUUGGCAAUUGAGAGUGAUGUGCAACAGCCCCAGGAUUCCAUGACUAAAACUAAGAAGUGUAAAGAGGCAGAUAAAGUGAUCGGCAAUCCAAAGAAAUACAUUUUAAAUGAUGAAGAACCAAAUACAGAGCUAGUCAAUCUUGAACCAGGAAAAUCUUCCCAGAUUAAUGUUCACCAUGAUCACCACAAACUAGCUGGGUCUCUUCAAUCAUCAGAGAGCAACACUAGUCCUGUUGUAGAUUUGGAUUCUCCACCUUUUACCUAUAUUUUUCUUCUACUUGCCAAAAAGCCAGACCAAAUUACAACAAUAAAAGUCAAAGCAUUUAUUGUAACCCUAACUGGAAGUCUCAAAUGUUGCCAGGGGUUUUGGAGCUUAACAGCCAAAAUCUCUGAUGGUACUGCAUAUCUUGACGUGUAUUUGGCAGAUGAAAUACUAACAAGUUUAAUUGGAUUUUCAGUGACAGAACUGAAACAGUAUAAGAAAAGUCCCAAUCUUCAUCAAAAAUUGAAGAAGGCCUUAGAGCAGUGUCAAAGAGAACUAAUAGAUCUUUGCUGUGUGAUGACCAUUACAUAUAAUCCCUCACUGGGUAAAGCUAAGGUAGUAGCUCUACGUGAUGUAAAUUUGCAAGACCUGGAAAACUUAAAGAAGCGUUUGAAUAAAUAAUGGGGCCUAAAAAGUAGUAACAGAAAGUGGUCAUUGAGAGCAAAGCUAAUGAGAUCUUGAGGGUUCCGUUUAAAAAUCAAGUGGCACCUUUUGCCAUAAUUUCAGAAAUCAGAAAAAGGAGUGUAGGAAAAACGGCGUCAGCCAAGUAAAAUGUCACUUCAUUUCAGUGUAAUUUAGAAGAGCCAGUAUUUCCUGUUUAUUUGGGGGAAAGUCACCAGAAUCCAAGUAGACAUGAGAUUUUAACCUGGAAGCUGGAGCACAGAUUUCUGGGAGAGGAUCCUUCCCUAUAGCAUUUCAUUCCUAAUGGUGGCUAAGUUGUUAUAAUGUGUCCAGCCAUGGAGCAUACUACUGGAAUUUGACCAUUAUAGUGAGUAGUAUCAACAUGAAUAUUUGCAACAGACAAUACUUUGCAAUAUAACAUGGGACUAAUAAAUUAUAGUUGGGUUUUUGGACAAAUUGCAACUUCUUGUCCUUAAUAUACUUGGAAUAGUUUUAAUAUGGAUGAUUUUGGAGAUCCUCCUGAAUUAUUUAAAUAUCAAUUUGGAGGAGUCUUAUACCUUGCAUUGAAGAGCUAUAAGGCUACAAUUCAGGAAGUGUUAGCUGAGCUGAAUCUAAGUAAAAUAAGCUUUGUUCCUGUCUGCAAUUACAAGUUGCUAUGUGAGAAUGCCUUCAUUUUAUAAAAAGUACUGCUUAGUUUGCAUGGCAGUGGU